UUGCGUGAUUGCGCCAGAAGGCAGGCGUCUGUUGACAGGAGGAAGGACGGGACUGAUCGGUCGGCGGGCAGGUCGGUGAGAAAGCAGCGGACCGUCAUGGACAGGACGGCCGUGGUAAAGGUCGGAGCAGCGGCCAGCGCUAGUGUGUGUGCUUUGUUCGGCGGCGUGGUUCUUGCCCAGUACAUCGUCGCCAAAAAGAAGCGAGCUGGAAAGAAAACCAGGAUCAUAGAAAUGAUGCCUCAAUUUGAGAAAACCACGGUCCACAUGAAGGACCAUGGGAAGGUGGAGGACAUCAUUUGCGGUCUCAUCAAAGGAGGAGCUUCCAAACUGCAGAUCAUCACAGACUUUGACAUGACGUUAAGCAAAUUCUCAGUUAACGGCAAGCGUUGUCCAACGUGUCACAAUAUCAUUGAUAACUGCAAACUGGUAACAGAAGAGUGCAGGGGUAAGCUGCUAGCGCUGAAGAAUAAAUAUUAUCCCAUUGAGAUCGACCCUCAACUCACCAUGGAGGAGAAAUACCCGUUUAUGGUGGAGUGGUAUUUCAAUUCUCACCGACUGCUUGUGGAGCAGCGGUUAGAGAGGGACAAGCUGCCAGAGGUGGUCAGAGAGUCUGAUGUUGCCCUCAGAGAUGGCUUUGAGCAGUUCUUUGACCGCCUGCAUCAGCACAAUGUGCCUGUGUUCAUUUUCUCUGCUGGCCUAGGAGAUGUCCUAGAGGAAAUCAUGCGCCAGGCAGGAGUGUAUCACCCCAACGUCAAGGUCGUCUCCAACUUCAUGGACUUUGAUGAAAAUGGCAUCUUGAAGGGAUUUAAAGGUGAGCUGAUCCAUGUGUACAACAAACACGACGGUGCCCUGCGGAACUCAGAGUACUUCAAACAAAUCAAAGAGUACUCCAACAUCAUCUUGCUGGGCGACUCACUGGGGGACCUAAGCAUGGCUGAUGGUGUGACCAAUGCGGAGAACGUCUUAAAGAUUGGCUUCCUCAAUGACAAGGUGGAAGAGCGACUUGACAAAUAUCUGGACUCUUAUGACAUAGUUCUGGUGAAGGACGAGACAUUGGAAGUCCCAAAUGCCAUCCUCCAGAAGAUUCUUUAAGUCCACCUCUGAGCUGACCGCAAACCCACACCACACCCAGUCCACCUCUCUGUCCCCCCUUCAAUCUGGAGCCAGUUAGGCUUGACGCCCUUUUUAACCAGCUCCACUCUCUGUCUCAGCACAUCACCCUUUGACAGGCUUUUAAAAAAGACAUUUCACAUCUUGUAAAUGAAGUCCACUCAGCAUCAACAGACUGUCUCUGGUGUGUUUUGUCUGUUGCAGUUGUUUCUGAUGUUUUUUUUUUCUCUAUAUAUAUUUUUAUGAAAUAAUAACAUCUGAAUAUUUGCACAGUAUUGUUAUCAUAGCUUUUUCUAGGAGUAUUUUUAUUAUGGUGAUGUUUCAAUACCAUGUAUGAGGUGCCCACAGAUGGAUGAAACAGUUUGGUUUUUCUUCUUUUUUUUUUUUUGAGCUAUCCCAGCAUCCCUGUCACCUCAUUUACUCUACUUUUGCAACUUGGCAGUAAGAUGUCAUUCUAGCCAGUCUUGCAACGUAAGCUGUUGUUGUUAGACAUGCCACAUAUCUGUACAGGUAAAGCUUAAAGGUUGGGAAAGUAAUUAAGAACAUUUAUUAACGGACCUUUUUAUCAGUAAUACCAUUUUUUCAAUCUCUUGCUUGGUUACAGAAGCAUCAGCAGCCAGUAUUGGGUUUUUGUUUUUUUGUUGGUUUUUCUUUUAGAUAAAGAAGAGAGAUUUGGGGUGUCAACAUGAAACUCAUGUGAUGAUGAGAAAUUAGAUGAAAAGCACUUUAAAUUCUAUGUAUGGGGAAAUCAAGUCUCCUGUAGAUGUGCAGAGGUGGCACCGUUUUGAUUUAUGGAUGUUGGAACAGGUUCUAAGGCCAUGUUUACAUGCGUUCAAUUUUUAUCCAAAUGUGCUCAUUCAUACUUAUUUCCACCUGUUGUAAUGCUACAACUGAAACAUUUAUGGCAAAUGCCAUUUUUGAUUAAGGAGAUAGCUUACACGGAUCUCUUACUCAAGUAUUCUCUGUGCCAGAGAUAAAGGUUACAGAAGUAUUAACUAAUGCUGAAGUAUACCUGUAGUUGUCAUUACCGGGUUUACCGGGAACUAAAAAGCCAUAAUAAUUCCCAAAAAUAUGGCACCUUAAGCUUCUCUAUUGAAAUAAAUAUUACAUUAUUUAUGAAGAAAUAUAGUUUAUUUCACAGUUUCAGUAAAGAAAGAAGUCACCUGCUGUCUAUGGCCCACAAAAACCCAGCAUAAGACCUGUUAAAUGUAAUGUGUUUUAUCACCUUUACAUUCUCAAUGAGCACUACCUCUAAAAUAUUCAUCUUUAUGUUUUGGGAGGUUCAGAACUAAAACGUCUCAACGUGUUGUGUAGAAUGUUGAAUUUGUUUGUGGUUUAAAUGUGCUGCUAUCACCUGCAUGUUGCCUUUUGUUAUUGUUCAGUUUAUGUUAAAGACACGGGACACUUAAAAAGAUAUAUCACUAAAAUAUAGAAUACUGGCAUACUGUAAAUGUGGGCAUUGUAUCAAAAUGUAUAUUAUUUUACUGCAUUUGGAGAUAUUUUCAGAAGUUUAGACUGGUGUGUUUUAUUUUUAUAAGCGGAAAGGCUUUAUUUUAUGGUGUGAAAAGAAAACAUAAUAAAGUCAUUGUUGUCAGGCCGUGCGUGGACAGCAGACUGGAUUAACUUAACUGAAAGCUUUGGGUUCAUUGGGAUUUUAAUGUGGAUCAUGUAAUGUAGGACAAGUGUUUCUCUUAAAUAUUCGCUAUGGUUUACUAGACUAUGCUUUAAAUGAUGGGACAUUUGCAUAAUUGUGAAGAAGUGUUGUGAUCCAUCAGUUAGUUCAAACAGAUACAUUGGGAUGUGGCUAUUGCGUAUAAAUGUUGUAUUCACCUGUUUGUAAUCAGAGUUAUCAAAAAAUGGCAAAUUUACUAAUAAAUAUAAUAUGGCCUUGUAUAAAACAGAA